UUCAGGAUUCAAUCAUGUGUGAAGAAGUAAGAUACCAAUUGCAAGGGAUAUCGGAACUGAAUCAGAAUAACCAACUCCCAGAACCAGCAGCUAUUAGGGUGACUUUCCGCCGAAAUGAUGUUCAGCAGCUGUGCGUACGACGUCAUGAUGGACGGUUUUUUGAAUGGGAAUCUCUGCAGUCCAGUCAACAGUUAUCUAUCUGGAUGCCUACAGGUGAUUCUGUGAGCAUCCGUACGUUAGCAAGGACGCUGGAGUAUUGGACAAUGACUGUCAUGGGAAUUCCAGACUGCGUCCAUGAAGAGAUUGUGGAACAAAUUGCUUCUAUUGCUAGCGGCUAUUAUACUCGGAUUUAUGUUGAGAUAGAGAUGGUAAGGAGGAUAGAAAUUGAUUUUGAUGAUUUACGUUUACUUAUGCGGAUGGAACGGAUUGAAGCUGAAGCUGCUAGCCUUGGAUUUAUUGGAGAAGGAAGGGAUAUGAUUCCUGCAACAGAAUCAUCCAUUGACGCCUUGGAAAGAUUAGUGUUUCUCGAUGAUCUUGGUGGAGCUACCACAUGCACGGUGUGUAUGGAAGAGCUUCAGGUUGGGGUUCAGGCAAUUCGGCUGCCAUGCUUCCAUCUUUAUCACCAGGAUUGCAUUGUUAAGUGGCUGCAGACUAGCCACUUCUGUCCAGUUUGCCGCCAUGAGAUGCCUGCUAAUCAUCAAUAGGAUUUUUUUUACGCAUUUAUUUUCAUCAUUAUUUUUGAACAUAUUAAACAAUUAUAUAUAUCUAGGGUUUGCAAGCAGUUUGCUUGCGACAUCAAGAUUUUGUUGCAGAAUCUUUUGCUUCUGGUUGGAUUGGAUGUUUCGCAUCCUUAGC